AUGUCUGGCUGGGCGCGUGCGCUGUCGCUCGCGGCCGUCCUGGUCGUCAUGGCGUGCCUCGUCCCCGCGGCGACGGCGAGUCUGCAUGCGGAGGGGACGCUGGCGUCGCAAUUCGCGGAAUUCAAGCAGAAGCACGGCAGGGUGUACGGGAGCGCCGCGGAGGAGGCGUUCCGCCUGAGCGUGUUCCGGGCGAACCUGUUUCUUGCGAGGCUGCACGCCGCGGCAAACCCACACGCGACCUUCGGCGUCACGCCCUUCUCGGACCUCACGCGCGAGGGGGCCCAGCCACCAUGGGGCGCAUGCCGACCCUCCUGGGCGUCAAUUUCCGGAAUUCCGUGGAAUGGGCGCGCGCGUGGCGGCGCUCCCCGAGGAGGCAAACCAGCGCCCACCACGAAUGGCACCGAUUCCGCCCGCCGCGUGGGGGACUAUGAGAGACACCCUGCGGGCGUUCUGCGUUGCACCGGCGCGGGCGAAGGCGAUGUACGGCAUCGGAGUGUGGUGCGGAGUGGCCUUCCCAGCGUCCCGCUCCACGCCGGAUUCGCACAUUACAGGUCGUGCGAGAAUCGUUGCGGGAAUACCGAAAGGCGGCCGAAUGGAGGAUGCCGUGUUGGACGUGAAGCCGCGGCCCCUCUCCGACACAGCGCGGUGGUGCUUUGCGGUCCGGUGCCUCCGCCGUCUGCCACCCACAGCGCCCCGCCAGAAAACCACAUGACCCCGCGCCCUGCGCUUCGGUGA